AUGGCGUCCUCAGCGAUCCGGUUCGUCGCGGGCACCAAGAAGUCGCCAUUGGGGACCCUGUACCUUCAGUGUCAUGUCAAGCCCGGUGCCUCGCGCGUUCGCGAGGGCGUGACUGCCCUGACCGACGCGACGGUCGAAUUGUGCGUCGCAGCGCAGGCGCGAGAAGGCGAGGCGAACAAGGCCGUUGUGAAGCUACUGAGCGAGGUGCUGGGACUACCCAAAUCGGAUCUCACCAUCACCCAGGGAUUGAAGUCAAGGGACAAGACGGUUGCUGUAAACAACGUGAAGGAUGGCGAAGGAUUCACCGCGACUAUCAGAGAGAGGCUCGCCAAGGCUACGCAGUCUACGAGAGCAUGUGUUCGAGAGCUUAUCGGAGCCUGGUUCUACUUCAAAGACGGCGCAUCGAUCUACAAAAUUCAACUGCCAUCAGACUUCUCGACGGCGAAAUUACGCAACUUACCUUCCGGGAGCAAUCUGAUGACGGUUUUCGAGCUUCUUCAAGACUUUGGUUUCAAAAUUCCCGUCACUUGCAUCAGAGUCAGGCCACAAGGACCAAACCUAAGGAGUGCCAUCAUCAGAGUCAAGGAUCAACACUUUGCUCAUGCAUUGUGCACCAAGAUUGCAGAAGCUGGAGCACGACAGCUGGGAGCGUUGUCCAGAAUAGAGGCCAGGAUCCACAAAGCCCGAGGUCCAGUUUCUGAGGAUGGUGCAGAUCAUGGAGUAAAGGGCAGGAAGGUCCUCUGUUCGUGGCCAAAGCUGGCUCAGAUGGCUCAUUUGACCUUCAAAUCGGCCUUGGAUAAGGAAGACGCUAGAGAGAAGUUUGUCAAAGGGACUUACACCGUUCUCCGCUCGGCUGUAUCCUGUGUGCGACAAGAAGAGCUCGACGACAUGCCGAGAGAACAUUCGAUGCUCAUGCUUUGGGUCCCCCUGGCGGCUUCAACUAAGCAUAUCAUCGAGACUAUUCCACGCGGUCUUCGGCCACUAAUUGUCGACUUUUACGGAAACAUGGAUGAUUCUUACGAGACAGACGAGGUAGCCAUGGUUGAAGCACUGCUUGCAAGUGUUGGAUCUCUCGAAAUGCGCCUGACCCCUGACCCUCAGCCAGCAACACGGGACCAGAGGGCGAUGGCCCGUUUCGCAAGUGAAGAAGACGCAGAAGAAGCGGCACAGACGCUCCACAACAGUCCACUUCCUUUCAACGGACGUUGCAGGCUUGCGGUUACGCAGAUCUUCUCUAUGCAUUGGAAGUUUCCGGUCCACCUCUUUGACGCUCUCAUUGAAGACUUCAGAACGUCUCAAGAUCGCCCGGUGGAGUUCAAGCUGUUCCCCGCGUCCGCAGGGAGCAAAUUUUCAACAUUGAGAUUGGAAUGCGAGGAUCGUGACGAGCUCGCAGCAUUGGAGGAGGAACUAGGUUUGAUGUUCCGGGGCGAGGGUGUGAAGGAAAGAAACUCCGACAAGUCUCUUUGGAGCCCUUUGUUCAAUAACAGGGCUACCGCACGCAAGGUCUUCGAAAUCAUCGAGAGCCAACAAAAUGUGGUCUUCCAAAGUUUUCCGUCGAAUAAUGAGAUCCGAGUUUACGGCACCUCGGAGAAUAUCGACAGAGCGACAGAGCAAUUGUUGCAACAGGUCAACGACAACCCAUUCACGCUUCACAUCAUUCGCCUUGACGAAGAAACUUCUAACUGGCUUCUUCAGGGUGGCUUGAAGGCUCUCGAAGAUGCCCUGGGCCGGGAAGCCGUGAGCCUCAUCGCGCUCGCAACACCCAUGAGGCUUGAGAUAACCGGGCCAUACUCAUCUUAUGAGCUUGCGAUGGACAUUACAUUCAAACGAAAACAUCCGCGCGAGCAAGCUGACAACUUCUGCCAAUCUGCCGGUACGGAUGAAGGAGGACUCAGCGUUCGCUGCCUCGCAGAUGAUGGUACUUGCGGUUACAUUUUGAGUCUGGCGGAGUUGCAGGACUACCUCUCUACGUCUGCAUUCGAACAGCUCCUUGCCACAUCUGCCGCGUCUUACAUCAACAAACAUCCCAACGAGUUCCGCUACUGCCCUUCAGCGGAUUGCGGACGAGUGUACAGAGUGUCCACCUCUGGCGGCCCGACCGUUUUCGAUUGUUCCAGCGCAACGUUCCCCAUGGCAACUACAAACUUGACCACGCCGCAACUAAAAUACGCCAAGGACUGGCCUAGAUGGAUUCUACACCUUCAAUUCCAGGCCCACCAGCAGAGCAUAUGGGACUACAUAAACCCAAAGGCAGCCAAUGCCCAGGAUCCUACGCAGCGGAUUCCUCUCCCCCCGACGCUUGACGAAACAAUCAAAAAACGUCGAAAUGAACUCCAGGAGCGUUAUACAAGAGACCUUCAGGCGGCAGAACCCGGAUCUCAUACCCAGCUGCCGAGGCAGGUCGCCGAACGAGACGUCCGCGAAGAAUACGCAGCACGCGUCAGAGACUACGAGAUGGCUGUUGCCGAGCGCGAAGAGAUCCGAAAAAGUUACCGAAUCGUGUGGAACUGGGUCUACUCAUCAGUUGAGUCGACCUUGCUUUCCGAUGCACAGGAAAAAGCCACUGGAUCAGGCGAUAGCAGCCUGCAGGGUGUUGUACGCGCUUUGCACGACCGAUUUGCUACCCCGGAAUCAAGCGUGCUGCACCCACUGUUCUCCUUGUUUGAGGUCAAAGAUCGAUGGAAUCUGAAUCCUUUCACAAUGGCGAAUUAUGGCCGAACCAAUUUGCAGUGCUCAAUGCUUGGUGUCCAGUACCCAACUCAUGUAUUCCUGCCGGGCACUGCUCGUUACGUCGAGGAAUCUCAGACGGCAUUUUGGUCAAACACCUCGAGACUUCAGCCCGCAUGCGUGUUCACGCCGGCCUCGGCAGAGAUCGUCUCCGAUGCGUUGAAUCUUUUCGAACAGCAUGACUGUAAAUUUGCUGUUCGGGGAGGCGGACAUAUGGCAAAUCGCGCUGCGUCUAGCAUUGAGGGUGAGAUCCUACUGGCUUUGACAGAUCUGUCUGAAAUGUCACUCCAGGACGGUUUCGUCUCUGUCGGGGCAGGACAGAGAUGGGGGAACGUCUUUGACUUCCUCCUCCCAGAAGGCUUGGCUGUAGUCGGUGGUCGUGUGGCAGUCGUGGGUGUCUCUGGGCUGACUCUGGGUGGCGGGCUGUCCACGUUUUCGGGUAAGCGAGGAUUCGCUUGUGACAAUGUCAAGAAUUUCCAGGUUGUCCUAGCCGGAGGCAGGAUCGUGGACGCCAACCAAUCUUCGCAUCCGGAUCUCUUCUGGGCGCUGAAAGGCGGUUCGAGCAACUUCGGUAUCGUCACAAGGUUCGACUUGUACACGCAUAAUGACUCGAUGAUAUACACUGGCGUCCAGUCUAUCAAUAUGAGUGGUUGGGAUGAGGUGGCCGUCGCUAUUAACAAUUUCAUGACGCUUCGGGCAGACCAUGAGACGGCCGACGAUAUGGGUAUUGCGCCGAAGCUACAAUGGGUUUCGGGUAGGAGUCCUGAGAUUCUCAUAUCUCUUUCUUCAACUCUCCUUCCUGCGCCAAACGAUGGAUGGAGCAACGCAACGGGGUCUGCCUUUGUUCUCCCACCAGCCCUGCAAGAUUUCGCAAACCUGCCGCUCAACCAGGCCUCCAGCACCAAGAUGUCCAUUAUGUCAUUCGCUGAGAAAACGAAGACCCCUGUCCCAUACGGGUUGAGAUACGAAUUGCGUGUGGUCUCCUUCCGAAGCAGUGUGAAAAUUCUCAACGGAAUGAAGUCGGCCUUCGAGGAAGAGUUCGCCGAGGCUUUUUCUAAGGUUAUUGGGUUUUCUGGGGUCAUUGAAAUCCAACCCAUUACCAAGCGUAACAUUAGGGAAGGGCAUAUCCGAGGCGGCAACGCUCUGGGCUUGACGGAAGAUAGAGGCCCAAUGAUUUGGGCGGUAAUGGCCAACAGCUGGCUCAACGAGACAGACGACGCGCUCGUACAGGCGGCAGGGCAGCGUGUCGUCGACCGGUUGCAUGACUUGUCCCAAAAGCUUGGGUUGUACGAUCCGUUUCUAUUUCUCAACGACGCUGGAGUUGGACAAGAACCGAUUUCGACAUAUGGGCAGGAAAGCCUCAGCAGGCUUCGUGAGGUGAAACAAAUGUACGAUGCUCAAGGAACAUUUGAUCUGUUGCUUCCAGGCGGUUUCAAGCUACCCAAACCGUAG